AUGUUCAUGCGAUUAAUCAUUCUUGAGUCCGACCGGCACUCGUUGUGGAUCAAGAUUGUGGGUAUUCUAUUAAUUACUGUACGAUUCGCCGACUGGCCAUACGAGUUGGCCUUUGUUACAAUCCAACAAAACAUCAUGAACCAGCAGAUCCAAAGCGGCGGCACCUGCUGGGCGCAAUGGGGCCAAGGGGUGAUCAUUGUAAACUUUGUUGGUGACGCACUGGCCAACCUCUUCUUGAGCGGGAUGUUUGUGCGGCGACUGUUUUUACACAUUCAGCUGUCCAAAAGGGCCAUGAGUCGUCAAAAUCGGCUCAUUGAAUACAUUGCCCGCAAAUCACUCAUGUGUUUGAUCUUCACCUUCGUCGUCAACUUGGCCAUGAACUUACUCAAAGUCACCACCUUUUUGGGCGAUCGAUCGGAUGCUUUUACUGUUUAUUUCCAGCUAAUUGAAUCAACGUUGUUAGUGGAAGCGCUUCGUGUCGAUUACACUCGAGUACCGAAUCAGGCGUUCUGUGAAAAUUGUGGCAUGGAGAUCCAGUUGCCGCCGUCGUCCAAGAGCAAU